GAAAGACAUUGUUGAAAAUGUCUGACAUUUUCAACAAUGUCAGGUAACAUAGAUUAAAAGGAAAAAUAUGAAAUAUUCUCACAUUGCAAUGUCCACACAGAUUUUUUUUAGUUAAGCUCUAAAUAACUUUGAGAAACUAAUAUACUCUGUGAUUAAAUGUGGUCAGGUUUGAGACUGAAAAUUCAAAUUUAUUGGGGAGAUUUGAGACUUCCUAUUAUAUCGAACUUCAAUGGUUAGACCAAUGUCGUAGCUGUUUAAGUGAAACAAAGUAACCAAUUGAACCUUGUAUAAAGCAUGUUUUAGAAUACAGUUGCGUUAAUUCAACUGUUUGAAUUAAUACAAUUGAAUGUGGAACUGAUAUUAGAACUGGGUCCUUGUGAUGUAACGGAACCAGAGGGUUCUACAGACAGUACUUCACUAAGUUGCAUGUUCUGUCAGUUGGGGCUCAUUCAGGCUUUAUCUCACAGUUUCUGAGUGUCAGGAUUUCUCUUUAAUGUUUACCGUCAGCUGGAUUAGCACAUGAACCCUUAUCUACUAGCUGCUACUGUGACACAACAGGCUGUUUUAAAUCUUCAAAUCCAGAUAAACCAUGGAGGAGUGCGAAGACAGACUAUGGGAGGACGAUUGUACUUCCUCUGACGACUGGGGGGAAGAGACCAUGCAUUUAGACAACCGUGACACUGAGGAGAUAGGUGAGUGGGAGAUGCUUCCUGAUGUCUGCUUGCUACACAUCUUCAAAUAUCUCUCUGAUGGUGAUCGCAGCAGGGCAUCUCUGGUUUGUCAUCACUGGCACAAAAUCAUGCGUCUGCCCUGUCUCUGGCGCUGGCGCUCCUUUCACCUCAGUGGCCGUCUCUCUAAAUACAAGCAGUCCGAACACUUAUCGGCAGUGGGCUAUGCUGACAAUCUGGGAGUCUUCUUGGAAAGCUUGGAGGUGACCGUGUGUCCUCCAAGAUCUGUUGUGUUGGCCCAGCGUCUGCAUAACACCAUCUGUGGGCUGUUGAAUACACUGGUCAGAGUUCAAGCCCCAUUAAAGACCCUCUCCAUCAUACGGCUGGAGCUGGACCGUUCCUCCUGGGGUCAGGGCCUCAGAAAUACUGUAGUCAACAAACUCAUUUAUUUCCUCUUAGAAGGUCCCUCAAGACUUAAAAACAUUUGCCUGAUCAGGAUACGGACAGAGACCCAGCAGGGUCUGGAGCUGCUUUCUGCAAUAGUACAAAAUCAAAGAAGCCUCUCUCCCCUCUGUGGCCUUUCUUCUUUGGAUCUAAGAGGUUUCUUUUCUGUCACUGUGCCCAAUCACCUUAAUCGCAAUAUACCUCAAAUGCUGCAAAAGUUGCAAGGCCUCACCCACUUGGCUCUUAGCUACUCCUGGUUGUCAGAUGAACUGCUGCUGGCUCUCAGUGAAAGUAUCAGAGCGAGAAGGGUAAACUAUGGCAGAGAUGGUAACUUCCUGGAAAACCUUUCACUGUACUGCACUCAGAAUGAGCCACAUCAACAGGUGGUGUAUGGUUACUCAUGGGCCACUUUGGUGUCCAGCUGCCCAGAUCUAAAAGUCAGACUCACAGUCGAACAAGUCGUUGACACACAGCAGCUGGCGAGGAUCCUGCUGCCUGAGAUUCCACUCGUGGAGUACAACAUGACUGCAUUUUAUUCAACAGACGAGAUCUGCAGCGCCAAGCCUCUGCUCCAAACCAUGCUGCCCUGGUACAGACACAGCCUGCAGAAUCUAACACUGGACCUGAGCAACUGCAGCGAGUCACUCGAUGAUGAGCUGCUGGAGUUGGUCAAUGUGUGUGAGAGCCUCGUAGAUUUGAGAGUCUGGGCUUUCUUGGAGAUCUCCACUGUGGGUCGGCUGCUGCACAUCCGGAUGACUAAAAGGAUGUCACUCAACAAGAUCAAAGUGCGAAUCUACACAACGGUAGAGAACAUAGAGGAGCAGGAAGAUCAGCUAAUGGAAAUACUAUCUCCCUUUUGUUAUCCUCCUGAGCUACAGUUCCUGGCAGUCAUUUGCCCCUAUAUAUGACACCUUCAAGUGUGCCUUAACACCAAACGAGCACAACCAAAAUAAAGUGAAUGAAGCAUAAAAGGCAUCUAUUUCUUCAUUUAACCACCCAAAUGAUAAACAUCUUGUCAGGGUGAUGUGGGUGUGUUUAUGUUUUUCUCCAGGAGACUGGGUGAGCUGGGGUUGUGUAUAGAAACUCUGACCUACUUUCACUGUAAAGGGGGAGCAAGCAAUGUUGUGCCUGUGUUUGCAUGGGGAGAGCACUAUUUAAAGUAACAGAGGUUAAGGGCCAAUAGAAAUAAACUCUUGUUCGGAGGAUUCACGCGAGACUAGAAAGAGCGUGAGCCUUCUUUGUGUCUUUAAUCCUCUUCAUUUGAUUUUGGUCUAUUAUGAAUAGAGUCUUUAAAGGCUGUAUUAGAUUUAAGCUCUUAAGUACGACACCUUAUAAUCCUUACACACUCUCCACUGAUUGCUUUGCUAAUUCCUUCAUGACUGAAUACCUUUUUGGUCUUCUGUUUUGAAUAAUUACCCACCAUUUUAAAUGAUAAUGACAUGUUUCAACAAAAAAACAUGUCAAUGCGUCCUCAUUUGCUGAGUAUAAGGUCACACACACA